AUGACUGUAGCCGACGAUGAUCUCACAGCCUUGAAGAGUCAUGCCAAACAGCCCAACCGAGAUCAUGUGGCGGGUGUCUGGCCUAUAUUCUGCGGCGUUUCAUUGCUAUGCAUCCCCAUGAUCGUGGUUUCUGCGGUCCUGAUUGGUAUCAUCGCCCAUUACCAGAUCGUUCCGGAUCCUGGAAUGCCAGAAUUUCGCGUUGCAUUCUGGAAGUUAGGGCCACACAAUGAUAUCACAACUGACUUCAACGAUAUUGAGCGAGUUGGGGACGAUGCAGCAUACUAUGUCGACUACCCACCUACAAGCCUUACUACGAUCGCAAGUUGGAUCGGAUACAUUGUUCCAUACUUGUCAAGCUUCAUUAUAGCUAUGACUGUACUUUUCAUUCCUCGGUUUACGAAAAUGAGAUUUCAGCAUAGCAAUCCCAACAAUUCACCAGUACCAGAACAACAGACAACACUUGAUAAACUGCCAGGGAAUCACGAAUUCGGAUCUUUAAAGAAUGGUGCUGCAUACUACAAAUUGAAGAAUCAAGAGAAACUAGUAACCCCAGGGCCAGCUAUGUUCACCGCUCUGGCACUAAUCACGAUCCUAGGUACUGACAGCUCACAAAGCCUUCUGAUUGCUCUCGUCAAUACGUGGUUCGGCUUGAGUGUUCAAACUGCGACUGUUACCCAGCUUUAUCAGGUCUCUGGAGACACAUAUCACUCUUUCGGUCGUCAGAUCGAUCGAAGCAACGGAAGCUCUUCGGCCUGCGCUCAAGGACCUAUGAUUCCAGCUUCUCAAGGAAGCAACCUGCAGAGCUUCGCCUGGCCAUGUAACAUCGAGAUACCUGUUCCAUAUCCUAGCAACAUGUUCCUCACCGGUGGCCAAACAAGGAGAACCGCGCAAUCAGGUCUACCGUCCGAGCUACAAUCAGAACAUGCUAUUCUGUACCGUACGGGGCCGGCGACCGAGUCAAUCUCACACAGUCCGUCUAUGCAAUACCCGGUCUAUUUCAUCGGUGACGACCGGAGCAGCACCAAUGAGGACUUCGAGGCAUGGUCCAUGGGCAUAGCAACGCAAUGUGAGAUCAUCACGACUAAAUGCUACAAGGGCGAGGAAAAUAACGGUACCGCUUUCAAGUGCCCCGGUGGCUUCGAGGGCGAUUUCACCAUGUGCCAGGCUGGUACAUGGCCUACCGGCGGGAGCAAAUCUGGACAGGGAGACUGUACCACGGGCAUUGGCUUUGCUGCUGAUGCUCAGCUCUCCCGCGGUGCAGGUUUCACGAACAUGACUGGCAAAGACCACACCAGCACUGACGGGCAAGUCAGUGCCCUCCUGCAGCAGAACCCGAUCUACUUUGGGACAUGGGCCCAAGGCUUUCCUGCGUGGGACGACCUAAACACCACAUUCAAAACAAGAGGGGGAAAGUCAAGCAACGACAAGACGGAGGUCUUCGCUGCGGGUGCCUCGGUUGCGAUGUGGCUCUUGAAUUGCAGUGCCACCAUCUAUGACAUUGAUUAUACCUGGGUCAACGGGACACUGCAUAACUUUCGAGCCGAGCCAGCUGCUCCAGAAUGGGGUGCUUUUUUCUCCGCGCCAUAUGCCUGGGCCAGUCUUUCUUCAGGUCUGAAUACUGCUAAGACGAAUCUGCAGUCCGCUGCCUGGGACGCUGCGUACUCUGCCCACAACGCUACGGACUUGGCUAAUCACUGGGCCCGGGCUUUCUCAUCCUACGCACUGUCGACGUCUCUCGGAGUAUUCGUCCCCCAGACCAACAUCCUGGAGCAGGGCCGUAAUAACGCAGUCAGCGUGACAAGGGUACCGUUGGUCCCAUUAUAUCUGCUCCUCUGCCUGGACUGGCUGUAUGUCGUGGUCGUGCUAUGUCUGGUGAUUGGUGUCUCCUGCUUCACUCACCCGACCGUGAAGCUGGGCCGUCCGGGACCAGCUCAACGUUGGUGGUCUCGUCGUGGCGCACUUUGA